AAGAUUCUAACCUUUUCAGAAGAAGCUUCGGGCGCCGCGCCUUUUCGGCUUGGGGGGAGAAAACCGAGCGCGGCGGUUGCAGCUUCCAAGGUUUCAGGACCCAAAGGGAACCAUGCCUUUUUUGGGCCAGGACUGGCGGUCUCCAGGAUGGAGGUGGAUUAAAACAGAAGAUGGUUGGAAGCCUUAUGGACCUUGCGGAUCAGAAUGUGAAGAUGAAAACAGUUGUCUUAACAGCAACAUUCACUCUGUUAUUUUGGAUAACGAUGACAAAAUAUACAGUACUGAUUGUGAAUCUGCAAGCAAGAAAAGAAAGAAAGAUCACUUUAGAAACAAUGUCAACUCUCAGUGGUUCUGUCGUGAAAAAUGGAUAUAUGUACAUAAAGAAAGUACCAAAGAAAGGCAUGGCUAUUGCACUCUGGGAGAAGCUUUUAAUCGCUUAGAUUUUUCAAGCGCAAUUCAAGAUAUCAGAAGAUUCAAUUACGUGGUUAAACUUUUGCAGUUGAUCGCAAAAUCCCAGUUAACGUCCUUGAGUGGUGCAGCUCAGAAAAACUAUUUCAAUGUUUUGGACAAAAUUGUUGGAAAAGUUCUGGAAGACCAAUAUAACCCACGGCUCAUCAAAGACCUUCUUCAGGACCUGAGUUCUACCCUCUGCAUCUUAACCAGCGAAGGGAAGUCAUUGCUGGUUGGAAACAUCAAUAUCUGGAUUUGCCGAUUGGAAACUAUUCUCUUGUGGCAGGAGCAGCUCAGUAAUCUUCAGAUGACCAAGCAAGUCAGCAGGGGACUUACACUCAGUGAUCUUCCUUUGUGUUUGCUGAACAACAUCUUGCACAGGUUCUCAGAUGGCCGGGACAUUAUUACUUUGGGCCAAGUAACUCCCACACUCUAUGUGCUCAGUGAAAACAGACAGUUGUGGAGAAAGCUCUGCCAAUACCACUUCUCUGAAAAGCAGUUCUGUAGGCAUCUUAUUCUGACAGAAAAAGGUCAUAUUGACUGGAAGCUGGUCUACUUUGCACUUCAGAAAUGUUAUCCUAUAAAGGAACAGUAUGGAGACACCUUGAAGUUUUGUCGUCACUGCAGCAUUCUGUUCUGGAAGGACUACCAUCUUGCUUUGUUACUCAAGGACACAGGACAUCCUUGCACAGCCAACGAUCCCAACAGCUGCUUCGUGUCGGUGUCUCCUCAGCACUUCAUAGACCUCUUCAAAUUUUAAUUGUGUGUGUGUGGUUUUUUUUUUUACCCUUCCUUUUUUGCAUACUCAUGCACUUGUAACGUAUAAUGCUUUUUGUGCAAUAUUUCUAUGAAUGUGCUUUGUAGUUGAAAAGGGACGUAAUGGGAUCAGAAGGAAAAAAAUAUUGACCCAGCAGCACAUACAGUAAGAUGUUAAGUUAGCAGAAGGAAAACUGAAAAAAGGUUCAUUCUGCAGGGGACGAUGCACAAUGGGGCAGGGUGAGUUCUACGGGAAAAAA